ACAACGGAGACAAGAGAAAGAGAGGACGAGGGCACCACCACCUCCGCGUCGUCGUCGUCGCCGCCGCCGAAACGACCCGGCCCACCACGCCACGAACCCCGCGUGCCCCCCCCCCUCCUACCUGCGCGGCGCCGCGGCGGAGCAGGCAGCCGUGGGGCCGGGCGCGGCCGCGGGCGCGGGCGCGAUGGACAUGGACAGCGUGGAGUGCCUCUCCCUCCCCGACUCGUCCAUGGACGUGGACGACGUCGACGGCGGCGGCCACCACCACGGAGGGCACCACCACGGCCUCCCGCCCCACCCCGCGCACCUCCCCGCCGUCGCCGUCGCCGUCGGCCCGGGGCGCGCGUUUCCCAAGGUGAACGUCGCGGGGGUGGUGGGCGCGGCGGGAGGUGUGGUCACGGGCGGUGGGGGAGCCGCCGGCGGCCCGCCGGCCACCAGCGUGCACGAGCUGCUCGAGUGCCCCGUCUGCACCAACUCCAUGUUCCCGCCCAUUCACCAGUGCCAAAAUGGACACACUUUAUGUUCAACAUGCAAAGCUAGAGUGCACAACCGGUGCCCUACCUGCAGACAAGAGCUCGGUGAUAUUAGGUGCUUGGCACUUGAGAAAGUAGCAGAAUCACUCGAACUUCCCUGCAAAUACUGCUCUUUAGGUUGCCCAGAAAUUUUUCCAUACUACAGCAAAAUAAAGCAUGAAGCACAGUGCAGCUUCAGGCCAUAUAACUGCCCUUAUGCUGGUUCUGAAUGUGCUGUGGCUGGUGACAUUCCUUUCCUUGUUGCACAUUUGAGGGAUGAUCACAAAGUUGAUAUGCAUAGUGGUUGCACAUUCAACCACAGAUAUGUCAAAUCUAAUCCACGCGAGGUUGAGAAUGCAACCUGGAUGCUAACAGUGUUCCACUGUUUCGGGCAGUAUUUCUGCCUGCAUUUUGAGGCCUUCCAGCUUGGAAUGGCACCAGUCUAUAUGGCCUUCCUCCGUUUCAUGGGGGAUGAGAACGAAGCAAGAAACUAUACAUACAGCCUUGAGGUCGGUGGCAACGGCAGGAAGAUGGUAUGGGAAGGCACCCCUAGGAGCAUCCGUGACAGCCACCGGAAGGUCCGGGACAGCCAUGACGGCCUCAUCAUCCAGAGAAACAUGGCGCUGUUCUUCUCCGGGGGCGACAGGAAGGAGCUGAAGCUGCGGGUAACCGGCCGGAUCUGGAAAGAGCAGACGAACCCGGAUGGGGCCUGCAUACCGAACCUUUGUAGCUGAUCAUGAGCAAGCAACGACAGAUGAAACGGUUUGUGCUAUUUGGCUGGCUUGUUAUUUUCAUCCAUUGCCAUGUCCUAUUUUCGAUAGUCCAGUGAUUGUUCCAGUGUUGCAUGUUAAGAAGCAUAUUUUAGAGGCGUAAAACGUUACUGUAAAGUAAUAUUGUGUAUAUCGAAUUCAAGAGAUCUCACAAGUUGGCCAAUAAACGUCUGUCAUCCAUCUGCUA